CUCAACAAUAUGCAUGAGAAUGUGAUGAUCAUGUUCAUAUUGGUCUCCUCAACAAAACUAGUAUUUUCAUCAUAUACUGAUAAUUUCACUAUAGCUAAGCCCAGCUGCAACGACACAUGCGGCAACAUACGCAUCCCCUUCCCUUUCGGCAUCACAAGAGACUGCUGCCUCGCCGAUGAAUUCGCGCUCACUUGCUACCACACGUAUUUCGACCCUCCGAAGCUCUUCAUGGGGGAAACGAACGUCGAAAUCACCAACAUAUCCCUGGACGGCCAGAUCACGCUCCUCGAGCCCAUAUCGCAUGCAUGUUUCGAUAGCGACGGCACACGAUCUUCCAAUUUCACUGAGAUACAGCUUGGCAGCUACCUGACGCUGAAUCAUACUGUGAAUAAGUUCACUAUGGUCGGGUGUUCCGCCAUGGCCGUUGUUGCGGGGAGUACCAUUGCCGACCAGGUCGUCGCCACGGCCGGCGCUGUCCAGUGCAAUUCGGAGGAUGAUAUCAUUGAAGAGACGUGUAACGGCGUGGGGUGUUUCAAGGUUGAAAUCCCCCAAAAUGUGUCGGGGUAUGUUGUUGCAAUCGAGAAUUUGACCGAUUAUUCUACUCGUGCAUGGAACUACAGCAGCUGCACUUAUGCGUUUGUUGUGGUAGACACUGCCUUCAACUUUUCAAAGGAUAAUCUCACGAACUUGUCGCGCGUUAAAAGCCUUCCUGUGGUGGCCGACUGGGGCGUCCGGAACGAGACAUGCGAUAAGGCCAGCAACACUACCAGCUAUGCUUGCGUCAGUGCAAACUCCACCUGCUACAACCCCACUAACGGUUAUGGCUACCGUUGUCAUUGCGAACACGGAUUUCAAGGAAACCCUUAUCUACCUCAAGGAUGUCAAGAUAUUGAUGAAUGUAAAAAGAAUUCACGUGCUUGCAACAAGGACGCACGCUGCAACAAUACAAUAGGCAAUUACACAUGUACUUGCCCGAAGAAUUACGAAGGUAAUGGAAUGGGUGAAGAUGGCUGCAAGCGGAAGGCGCCCAUAGAUAUGAAGAUCACUUAUAUCUCGAUAGGAGUUGCGUCUGGUGUCAUCUGUCUACUUCUCGGCAUCAUUUUCCUCUACUUGGAACGCAAGAGAAGAUCACAUAAUAAGAUGAAGCGAAGAUUCUUUCUCCAAAACGGUGGCCAUAUGUUGCAAGAGAAGUUGGCUAAGAGAGAAGCUUCAGAGAUGGUCACCAUUUUCAGCUCAUUAGAGCUACAGAAGGCGACAAACAACUUUCACAACAGUAUGAUCAUUGGCCGAGGUGGCUUUGGCACCGUGUACAAAGGUAUACUAGCCGAUAGAAGAACAGUGGCAAUCAAGAGGUCUAUAAGAGUUGAUCCCACACAAAUCGAGCAGUUCAUCAACGAGGUUGUUAUUCUGUCUCAAAUCAACCAUAGGAAUGUAGUUAUACUUCUUGGAUGUUGCCUAGAAACAGAUGUUCCACUUUUAGUCUACGAGUUCGUUAGCAAUGGGACCCUUUCUUCACACUUGCACGAUGAGGCUAAGGCGUGUGUUCUUGAUUGGAACACGCGUCUAAAGAUCGCUGCAGAAACUGCAGGGGUGCUCUCGUAUCUGCACUCUUCAGCUUCUACUCCGAUCAUACAUAGGGAUGUCAAGUCGGACAAUAUCCUCUUGGACCAUAAUUUGACUGUGAAGGUGUCGGAUUUUGGGGCUUCAAAGCUAGUUCCAGUUGAUCUCGCGCAGCUAUCUACAAUGGUGCAAGGGACUUUCGGAUACCUUGAUCCUGAGUACAUGCAGACAAACCAGUUGACAGAGAAGAGCGAUGUUUACAGCUUUGGAGUUGUUCUGCUAGAGCUAGUCACGGGGCGUAAAGCAUUGAGUUUUAAUAGGCCGGUAGAGGAGAAGAGUUUAUCCAACUAUUUCCUUUAUGUACUCAAGCAAGAUUUGCUAGUAAAAAUCAUUGAUGAAAAAAUUGUGGGUUUGGAAAAUAUGGAGCAAAUAUCAACGGUUUGUAAGCUAGCGAAAGAGUGCUUGAAUGUGAAGGGGGAAGAUAGGCCUAGUAUGAAGGAGGUGGCAAUGGAGCUCGAAGGGCUAAUACUGCGAGAGAAGCACUCGUGGGCCACAAAUGUAGACGAUGAAGAAGAGAUGAAGUCUCUGAUUCCGAAUGAUCAUGAUGGAACGAGUGGUGUGGGAUUUGAUAGCAUCGGCAUGGAUCAUAUUGUUUUGCCAAUCAAUGAUGGAGGAAGAUGAUAUUUUACUUUGAGCAUUAAUUAUAUAGGUGUAAAAAUAUUCAGAUGAGUCUGGUGAUCAAAUUGUUAUUUCGAUUUUGUGAUCAAGUUGAUGUUUAAUUUUGAAUUGUGUUACAAUUAUUGGUGUUUCGAAGUCUUUUUAUGGAGUAAUCAUCCAAGGGAUUAA